CACGAUAUUAAACCCGGUCAACAUUUAACGAACACAACUGUCUGUCAAAAAUAGGUGACACGCCCACAAACAGCCGACUGUGGGGACGCGGCGCGGCGAAACCGUGUGGUUUCAGCAUAACAACUAACAUUCCAGAGAGUAGCGACAUAUUAACGGCUUCAGCUGUCAAACAAGGUGAGACUUGACCAUGUCACUUUUCACCGAAGACGUGUUUCUUUAUCCUUAACCUUCGAUAAUGAAAAGGACUCACCAGUGCUGAUCCGUAAUACAGGAGCCUUCGAGUGCCUGUGCUUCCUCCCGCAAUUACAAGAAACGCACGAGCACCUGGCCACACGACAGCCUGUGUGUGUAGCAGCAGGCUUUGAUCUUCACACAGCUGGGUGAAGAGCCUCUUGCUGGGUGUAGUCGUGUCCUCCACAGUCCUCCUCCUGCUCCUGCUCUCCGCAGUGCUCUGUCCCACCCUUCACAGCUAUGAACUGGCCUUUCGGGACAGAGAGAAGGUGCAAGCUACAGCUGCCUUUGUUUCCUCCACCAUUUAGCCCAAACUGAAGGCCAUGCAGGACAGCAAGCAGCAGUACGAGGAGAACAUCGGGAAGCUGUUGACCCGCUUUGGCAAGGGGUCCCCUGAGGCGAGGAGAAAGGCGGAACAGGCACUGUCCCUGCUCCUGAAGAGCGUGGGGAUGCUGGCCAAAGCCGACUCCGUCUUCGCCACCACGGCUCCCUACCACAACUUCAUCCUGGCCUUCGUCCCUCAGGACCUGCCUGACGUCACCCUGACGAAGAAGCAGUUUGUGGAGGUCAACCGGAAGUUGGACUCCAUCAGUCUGAAAGUGUUGCUGCUGCUGACUGCGGUGCAGUGGUCCUGCUACGCCAGCGAGUACUCGGAGGCUGAGGCUGAGAUCGAGAACGCCUGGGAAAAGUUCACCGAAUUCAUAAAUUCCAAGUUUUCCCAGGAGGAGGACAAGGUGAAGUGUGGCCAGCUUCUACCGCUACCUGACCCAGGAGGGGCCCUCGCUUCGGGUCAACCUCUUCACCAUCCUGGUGGAGAAGUUCAGAGGCAACAUCACUGCCGUGAUGGAGUACAGCCACCACUUCUCCACAGUGAUGCUGAGGGGUCUCCAGCUUCAACUGUAUUACCACAUGAUGAGGGGCUACAACAAGGGAGAGGCCAAGGCCACUGAGUUUGCUCAGAAGUACAACCAGGUGUUGAAGGCCGAGCAGAACGCUCUGCUUUACUGCAUCCAAAACUACCAGAAGUGGAUCAAGAAUGAUGUGCAGGUAAUAGGCGAAAGGUCUACAUGGCAAGACAGCAAAGACUUGGCUUUGAACAUCAAGAAAUUUCUGGAUGAGAAGUACUUCUGGCUGGACUGGGUGAUGGUAGUGUACAGUAACGACGAAACCGGACUCUCUUCCACUGGACGUCACAUGGAAAUUCCAACCCAAGACCGAGUCGUCAUCCUGUUCAACCGAAAGAAGUAGAGGAAAGUAGAGGAAAACGAGAAAGAUGAGGUGAGAAAGUAUUUGUCAACAACAGAGAAUAUACGCACAGUAAGUUAUCCUGGUGUUAUCACCUAUAAGGAGAUUACACGUCUUUGUGGAUUUGAGGAUCCUGUAGAUGUCCUGAAAAAGGAGGUUGUGUCUCAGCCUUACGUAGCUGGGCUCCAUGCAGGACCAUCAUAUGGAAAGAUCUACCAAACAGAUGAUUUGGGAUCAGAAAAAGUUACGUGCCUCGCAGGCUAUAUUGUGACGUACGCAACAGACUACACCGUAUUUCUGGAGAGGGAAGGGCAGUCCCCACCCCCCUGCUCCUCAAAUCCCUGCUUGAAUGGUGAAUGUGUGGUGAUAAAGGAAACUUCCGGAGAGUUCUGCAAGUGCCACAAGAACUUCUACGGUGAGAAGUGUGAGCUCAACGUGCUGGACGAGCUGGACUGGAAGCAGCGCCAGGAGAAGAUCAGCGGCAUCCUCUCGCAGCCAGUGCCCGACCUGGCGUCCAGCAUGCUCAAGCUCACAGCCCUGCUGGAGAGCAAACCCCGACCUGGCGUCCAGCAUGCUCAAGCUCACAGCCCUGCUGGAGAGCAACAAGCAGUCAGAGGACUGCUGAUCGCGCCCGUCCUGCUCCUUAUUUUAAUGGCUUCUGCUCUGCACCAUAGCUGAUAUCCACAAAUUAAUAUCCAUAAUCAUUUAUAGUUGCCCAUUAGGUAACCAUAAUGAUUUAUUGACAGUGGGGUGGUUCCUUGUAAUUUAUUACAUAGUAUAAUGAUGUCAUUGGCUGUUGCUUGGUAGCAAACAAACAUUUUUUGAUGAAUGAGAAGCAUAAAUAAAUCUUCCUAUAUCAAACAGAGCCUUCUGCAAUAAACCUUCCAGCACCA